GUGCCAGUGAUGACGCAGUCAGUUGUGCUGUUAUGCUAGAAGUUCUAAAUGCGCUGUCUAAUUCGUCUAUUCCCCUGCAACAUGCAGUCAUAUUUCUUUUCAAUGGAGCAGAAGAGAAUGUUUUGCAAGCAAGCCAUGGAUUUAUUACACAGCACCCUUGGGUUAAACUAAUAAGGGCAUUUAUUAACCUGGAAGCUGCUGGUGUAGGAGGGAAGGAGCUUGUUUUUCAAACAGGUCCGGAAAAUCCCUGGUUGGUUCAGGCAUACGUUCGUGCAGCUAAACAUCCUUUUGCAUCUGUUGUUGGUCAGGAAGUAUUUCAGAGUGGCAUCAUUCCGUCUGACACUGAUUUCCGAAUCUAUCGGGACUACGGCAACAUUCCAGGAAUAGACUUGGCUUUCAUUGAAAAUGGUUAUAUUUAUCACACAAAGUAUGACACAGCAGAUCGGAUACCUGUAGAUUCCAUAAGGAGGGCUGGUGAUAAUAUACUAGCUGUGCUGCAGUACUUGGCAACAUCUGCAGAACUGGCUGACUCAACUCAGUAUCGCCAUGGGGCCAUGGUAUUUUUUGAUGUACUUGGAUUGUUUGUUGUGGCCUACCCACAACGAAUUGGUGCUAUAAUCAACUAUUUGGUGGCUGUGGCAGCUGUUGUCUACUUAGGAAAAAAAUUCUCAAUAUCAGUAAAUCAAGGAUCGCACUACAGGAGGGACCUCCUCUAUGGAAUUGCUGUCACAAUAAUCUGCUGGUUUAUCAUUUUUAUAACAAUCCUUAUUGUAGCAGUAUUUGUGUCUUUGACUGGGCAUGCAAUGUCUUGGUACUCCAACUUCUACGUUUCUGCUGUAUUGUAUGGGUCAAUAGCCCUUGCAAAGCUCAUACUGAUUCAUACACUUGCAAAAAAUCUUUAUUAUGGAGCCAUGAAUGAGGUAUACCUUGCUGAACUAUAUUUCGAUGUUUCAUUAACAAUCUGGUGCUGUACUUUGGUUUACUUUACCCAACGUGCCUUGUGCUCAGCCUAUGUCCCUGGACUGUGGGUUGCUUUUCCUCUGUUUGUGAGAUUAAUGAUUGGGAAGGAACUGGCACAAAAAGGUGCUACAGUGAAACUGACAGCAAUUUAUUUUCUGGGUCUAUUUAUUCCUCACCUACUGACCAUGUACCUGUUUUGGGGUGCAUUUGAAAUGUUCACCCCCAUCCUGGGACGUAGUGGUACUGAAAUACCUCCUGAUGUUGCACUGGCUUCUAUUAUUGGAACCUUCACUAUUAUUCUAACUACCUACUUUGUGAGCCUGGUUUAUCUGUGCAGAAGUACAAAAUGGACUCUUUUGGGUUUAGGGAUUGCAUUUUUGGCUUCAGCCACUCUGGUGUGUAGUGGAGCAUUUUUUCCAUAUACAUCUGACCCUGCUGGGCCACACCCUAAGAGAAUCUUUCUUCAGCAUACAACAAGGAUGUUCCAUGAUCUUAAUGGAGAAAUAAGCAAGAGAGAUUCAGGGAUAUGGAUUAAUGGAUUUGAUUAUACUCUUAUGUCCCAUGUUACUCCACAUAUACCUGAAAUAAACAAUACAAUAAGAAGUUCAUGCGAGAAUGCCCCUUUUUGUGGUUUUCCUUGGUUUUUACCUGUCCACAACCUUAUCAGGAAAAACUGGUACUUGCCUGCUGCAGAAAUUUCACCCACGACACCUGUUGAUUUCAAACUGAUUUCCAAGUACAAGAUGCCUUCAGGAUCUACAAAAUUGAACUUUGAGGUGACAGGUCCCAGUCACAUGACCCUUUACAUUCGGCCACUUGAAGGAUCUCACCUGAUCCAAUCAUCUUUUGGGGAUGGGACCUCUUUGUACAAUAAUUAUGGUGAUUACUUUGUUUUCUAUUCCCAUGGACUAAAGGCUCCAGCUUGGCAAUUUUGGUUGGAGAUGCAGACACUCGACCCGAUAUCUGACAGUAUGGUUGUUGUCGCUAUAGCUUCUCAUCAUUUGUUUGGAGAAGAUCAAAAAACAGCAGAAUUGAUCGCUCUCGAGCAGAGAUUUCCUGAAUGGUGCGUUGUGUCCAGUUGGUCCAGCUCUUACAACUUGUUUGUCUUCUAACACUCGGAUUAAGUAGCUACCCUAGAUGGAGGUAACUCCAUUUGAGCAAAGUAUGGCGUGGCUGGUCCUGGGACAAAGCGAAUGUACUUCAAAGUAUACUGUAAGGUGGUGCAUUUUCACUUGUAAGAUCACAAAGUAUCUUGCAUGCAAAUGAUCAACUCAAAUGUCAGUAAAUAAUUUGCUAAAAAUAUUUAUAUUGAGGUUGCUCAGUGUAAUUGUCAAUGAGGCUGGUGUUUUACAUGUGAAGAAAUGUUUGAGCAAGUCUGAAGCAAUAGACAGCUGCUAGGCUCUCCUGGUCUAAAAAAAAAUCUAAAUCCUCUUCUUAACUCAGCACAAUCUUCCACAGCCAGCCUCUUAGUGCCCUGGCACCUUUUGGACCUCCGGGAUCCUUGUUCAUUGUGACAUGAAGAUCACUCGAAUGGGUAAAUAACUUAAAAGGGUAUGAAUGUAGAUGUGCACAUACACUGAGUUAACUGUGUUCUCUUGGUAUUCAUGAUGUAUAAUGAAUACAUUAAACAAAACAUAGUAAUGUGUAAUUCAAACAUUAAUGUAAGUUGAGUGUAGUGAAUAUGAACAAAUGAGGUGAUAGUAAUGUUGGUAUAAAACAAAUUAACUAAUCACCUCUACUUUCUUUCAAAUGCAAAGGAUUUGAAAUAUAUGGGCCAAUUAAUCAAAUAAUAAGUUGGGAUAUUUUCAGUUAAUUGUUUUCAGGGAAUUCUUGAAAAACCCAGAGGAUUAAAAACUGCCCCUCAUGAUGACUAUGGGUUAAUUGCAAUAUUGCUGUUCAUGCUUCUGGUAAUAAAAUUUAACAGGAAACAAGUCUAGUGAGUAACUUGUGUCACCAUGAGGUUACCUGGGUGUUAUCUUGUAACAGGGCUAGCUUUGUUUUCUUCUCUGUCUGACAUGUCUGAGUGGGGUAGAUCGAGAAGACUACACAAGUGGACUUGAACUGGUUCUCAGCCAUUGGUGCUGCAGAUAAUCAAAUUCACUAGUUGCAAACAAGCAGGCCACAAUGGAGAUCAUCUCAACACUAGGGCUGCAUGAAAUUUUGAACACAGUAUAACAUAGUACAGUGCCAGUAUGUGUAUAUUCGGAUGUACAUAACGCAAGUUCAUUAAGAACUCAUCAUAAUUGAUUCUCUUUAUGGUCUGGAACCAUAUUGUCAUCUUGAAUAUAGCUUGAUAGGCAUUACUGUUAAAACCAAACUACUGAUGGACAGGAACUCCUUUUUGUUCCUCAACUCGUUUCAUGUUUGUAUGUUCCUCAGGGCUCCUUAGCACGAUAUUGUACAUUGAUUUUACACUGAGCACUGCUUUGGUGGUUUACAUUAAGAUUUCUAAAUAGAAUCAAAAGUAAAUUGUUUCCUAUGUUAUUUCAGUAUGAAAUUUCUUUUGUACUGAUCUAUCUUUCAGGUCUGAAUCAAGUGCUUAAUAUUUAAUAGGACUUUAAUAAUGAAAAUGGCACUGAUCAUUGAGUUUAAACUGGAACAAAAACAACUUACAUUAAAUUGGUGUAAAUGA